AUGGCCACUAUCCGCCCGGCUGAAUUUCCCGAUUUCAACGUCAUAGGCCGCCAGAACGGGACUAAGGGGGAGCUCGAUGGGCGCGAGUUUCUCACGCAUAGUCCUCCGGACCUCCCCCCCCGCCAUCGCAUCCUAGCUCUACUUGGCACAACCGACAUAAACGAUCAAGCUAGCCCAAAGGAAGAUGGAUGGUUUGUGUCCGACUUCUACCUUUUCCAUUAUCUCUUGGCCCCUGCAUUCCCUCAACUGCCGCCAGCGCCUAACCAGAUCUGGUUGACAUGUGAAGACCCCGAAAGACUCGUCUCCAAGUACAAGGAAUAUCUUCAUGGCGAUUCACAAGGAGACCGUCGGGCGGUGCUUGACAGUCAGAGACUCGCGGGUAUUUAUCAGGCUGGAAAUUUGCGGGUUGUGCCGAGAAACAUCCUCCUCGAGCGAUACCUGAGCACUCUACAAGAGCAAGUUGCUGAAGCAUCCCGUCUUCAAGAGCAUCUUGUCCUGUUCAUAUUCGGCCACGGAACCCCGAAGUAUGAUGUUGAGGUUGGAGGGUCAAUACUUCGUAUAGGAGACUUGCGCCGAGUGAUUCGAAACAGGCCUCAAGUGACCUUGUUUACCACCUCAUGUUACUCCGGCGGUUGGCUAGUGAUCCCCGACAUCAGACAGCAACAGCUUAAUGUCACAGCAAUCGCAGCAGCUGGUCCACGCAGCAAAUCCUCAUCGUGGCCCCUCAGCGGAAGUAUUGGACAAGCCAGCGGUAGCUUGGCCGCAUCAGCAAUACUACGCUGCCUGGUAGAUGCUGAAGAUGACAUUCAGGAGAGGUUCGAGCACCCGACAUACAUACAACUCGCGAAGUCUAUAUAUGACUGUGUGAAAGGGAUGGGAUUACUCGGCGACAGGCAGCAAAUCCACUUCUCUGCGGAAAACGAUGAAUGGGAGACAAGCUAUCAGCCUCGCCUCGGUUUGCCCCUUAUGUCAUACAACGAAAAAUGGCAGUCCCUGCGUCAGGUUCCCCCAUCGACAUGCGCGGCAAGUAGCGAGGUGGCUAGAGCUGGCGGACGGCGGCUCAAACGUCUUCAGUAUCUCGCCCAAGAGUACUUUGCCUCCAACCCUGGUGCUGACAAUGCCGCUCCGAAUAUCGGCUUGCAUAACUGUCUGAAACAAGUUCUUAAUGGAGCCAGCUACCCAAAAGAAAAGGUGCAUGAAUUGACGGAAAUCACCGCGUAUAGACUCGGAGCUAUGUACGAGGCCGAUUACUUGCGAGAACAAAUGGGGCUCAAAUUUCAGUCGAUCUUCGAUAUGGACCCAGAGGACCGAGAGCAUAUAAUUAAAACCCCACUCGAAAAUCAGUUGGCGCUGAAAACAUGGUCAUUGCUUAUCUCGCGCGACAUCAAUACAACUCCCAUUGGGAUUCGCCGACCGUAUUCCAAGCCUCUACAGUACCUUACACUUGCUCUGGUGGACACAUAUAAGUCCUGGGAGGAAAUCGAGGGGCAGGUGAAGGCUAUGGCCGACAUGAAAAAGGGGUGGUACCAAAAUAUCUACAAGGCAUGGAAGGGGCAUCAAAUCGCUAAUGAUGAGGGGGUAAGGAGGAAUCUACGUGCUUUCUUGGAGGCACUCAAGAAGAUUGGACAUUAG